UGCUUUUGACAUUACCGUUUGGCGAGCAGAUUGGCCUAAAGGCGUGAUACCAGACAAAGGGCCUUUGAGAACGCUCUACGUUUGAUACCCAUUGGAACUCCCACACUGGCGCAGUCGCAGAUCAUGGCGAAACCUGCGCUCCCGAUAGUUGUUCAAAAGUAUGGGGGAACCAGCGUCGGAAGUGCCGAGCGCAUGCUGGAAGUGGCGGAGAUUGUAAAGUCCAACCUCAAAUCAAACCGUGUCAUUGUCGUUCUCUCUGCCAUGAGCAGCCACAAAAAGGCUGAGGGAACCACUAGCCGACUCCUCGAGGCAGCAAAGGAGGUGCUAAAGCCGAAUUCACAACGAUACCUCGAUAUUGUGAACAUCAUCGAAGAGGGGCAUCUGAAAACAAUAGAAAAUGCGGUCGCUGAAGGUCCCGCACGGGCUGAGGCGGAGCGAGAUGUAAAGGCCGAAUGUUCUCGCUUGCGAUCGUUUAUGGCGGCCGCCGAAGUGAUCGAUGAAAUAUCUCCACGGUCCAGAGAUGUCAUGAUCAGUACAGGCGAGAAACUGUCAGCACGUAUCUUUGCCGCCUUGUUGCAAAGCCAGGGUGUAGACGCCGUUUACGUGAAUCUGGAAAAACUUAUUGAAGCACAAUUUGAUGAAAAGGCGAUCGACCAAACCUUUUAUGAUUAUCUAACACAACGGCUUGCAGUGGUCAUUGAGGGUUGUGGGGAAAACACAGUUCCUGUUGUAACGGGCUACCUGGGACCUGUCCCAGGAAGUAUCUUGUCGACCAUUGGGCGAGGUUAUACGGACUUGACCGCUGCUUUGAUUGCGGUUGGAGUGGCUGCACGGGAGCUGCAGAUCUGGAAAGAGGUUGACGGCAUAUUCACGGCCGACCCUCGAAAGGCGCCUAAGGCGCUUUUACUUGCUUCCAUCUCCCCAGAAGAAGCUGCUGAGUUGACGUACUAUGGCUCGGAAGUCAUUCAUCCAUUCACUAUGGAACAGGUCAUCCGGGCCAGCAUUCCCAUCAGGAUCAAAAAUACCUUCAAACCAGAUGGAGACGGUACUGUAAUUAUACCAGAAGGUUGGGUGCCGCCUCAACACGCCGAGUCCAUUGAAUGCCUCACACCUGGAGGCACACGGAUACCCAAACUUGGAGAGGAUUACCUUGGCAGCAAAACACCCAAUGGAAACGGCCUGGCCUUAUCGGAGGACCAAAAACGACCAACAGCUGUCACCAUCAAAGAUCAUGUCAUUGUCCUCAACGUCCAUUCUAAUCGCAAGUCCGUGUCGCAUGGUUUCUUUGCUCACAUAUUCCUGGCCCUCGACCGAUAUGGCAUUGUAGUCGAUCUCAUAUCCACCUCUGAGGUUCAUGUAAGCAUGGCAUUAAGCCCGAAUGUAAAGGAAAGCAAACUGGAACGGGCUUUGGUUGAGCUACGAAAAUAUGGAACGGUGGAUGUGAUUCGGAACAUGGCGAUUCUCUCCCUCGUAGGGAAGCAGAUGCGAAAUAUGGUCGGGAUAGCGGGUCUCAUGUUUGAGACAUUAGCGAAGCACAACGUGAAUAUUGAAAUGAUAUCGCAGGGAGCGUCUGAGAUAAAUAUUUCCUGUGUCAUUGAAGAAGAGAGGGCAGAGACGGCGUUGAGGGCGAUACAUGAUGAGUGCAUAUUAGGGGACAUUUGUUCAUGACUGACUAUUUAGAUAGAAUUUCUUUGAAAGUGUGUAAUAUUAUUUGAUUUUGAAUGUUGCUGA